AUGUCCGUGGAUCCGCCUGGUUUGGGUACGAACAUUACUGCAGGUGCUGCGAUCUACAUGAAAGAAAUUAUUCUACAAAAUGAGGCUCUCCUCCUUGAGGUUGAGCAGCUGCGCUUCCUUGUAAAAGAGAAGGGGCUUGAUCAGCUGCGUCAGCUGCGUGAGGAGAAUGAAGGACUUCGGCAGCAACUAAAGCUGUCCGAGUCACAACUAGUAGAAAGAACACAUCAGCUGGAGGUGCUGGAGUCUGCAUAUGAUCGCUUUGACGGGGUCCACACGGUUGUUCAGGAACUGGCGGAUCAGCAACGCCUUCUUUCUGAAAUGAGGGAACAAAGCGUCACUCUUGAAGAGCAAAACGCGGCGCUUAAGACGGAGUUGCUCAAAAUGAGUGGCUCAGAGGACGAGUUGCGAAGAGCGCUGCAGGAAGCAGAGCAAAGUCGCCAGAUGUUAGAAACAAAGGUGAUAGAAUUGCAUGCGUCCAUGGAGGAAAUGAAGUUACGUUUAGAAAUUAUGGAGACCUCGAAGUGUGCGGCAGAGAGGGCGCUUGAAGAGGCAAAAGCCGCCAAUACGGAAAUGCAGGCCCACGCAGAAGCCUUGCAGGAAAAGUGCGAGGCUCUCAACACACGUCUCUGUGACACUAAGCGCAAAGCCGAGGAAACGUUUCAGAUUAAGACUGAGAAACAGAUUAAGUUGGAGAUAAAACUGCAGGAGGAACUGCGUGUAGCAAAGGAGGCACUUGUGGCGCAGCAACAAGAAGCCUCAAAGGCGCUUCUGCAACAGCGCAAUCGAUUGGAGCAAACACUGCGGCAGGAGUCUGCGGAACUUAGGCGUACGCUGGAGGCGAAGGAGCAAUCCCUGCGUGAGCAGGUGAGACAGAAUAUGAUUCAGAAGGAGGAGAUUGCACUACUGAACGCUGAAAAGGAGAGUAUGAAGUGUCGCCAGCAGGAAUUGCCUACCGAUCUCUCGCGCCUUAAAAACCGAUUAAAGGAGCUUACUGAGGAAACGUCCAAGAAGGAGGCACUUCAGCAAAGGUUUCAGCAGAUGCUUACAAGCACCACAGCCACCAACAGCGAUAUUAAGCAUCUUUUUGAGCAGAUGCUAGACUAUCAGGAACGGAGAGAUGAGGAGAUGCUGACGAUGGUGGCCGUUGAACAGAUUAAAAGGGACGAUAUGAAGAACGCGUACGAAGUCGAUCUGGAGAAACUUCGCACAGAGCUAAAAACUCUUACUUAUGAAAUUCAUACCCUGCAAUGUGGGCGAGCUCCCGCCGUCGCUGAAAGAAAAACUGCAGUAACAUCUCUGGUGUCGUGUGACACCGCGCAGCAUGAGAAGGUAGCGAUGGGAGCUAGCCAGACACGACGGCCACAAACAGCACAGACGAAUGCCAAAUUGCCGAUGCCACUGGCUCCAAACAAGACGCCGGGUCCGUCCACCAGAACUGGCGGUAGUGGCGGUGACGAUGUUGGUGUUGGUGGUGGCAACGAUAGCAAUAUUAUAGACGAUUUGUGGUGUCAUCCUCCACAACGAGCAAGUGGAGGGCAUGCGACAGCGCAGCAUCACCCGGCUCCUUUGCGUUCCUCUCACGUGAGGCACCCAGAGUUGCUGGUUUGUUCCCGAUGUACACUUGUUAAUAAGCCAGGGAAGACCUUGUGUGACGUCUGUGGUGCCUCCCUCCGAAAGAAACUACCAAGUGUGGAAUAA